AUGGAGAAGGCUCCGGACAAGCCUGCUCUCACCCUCUCCGUGGGCAUGGGCAGGGAAGCAGCCGCCUGGUCCCGACGCCCGCAGCAGGCUCUGCUCUGGGCAUCCCGGUGUCACGCACGCAUCCGCAGGGAGAGGUUUGCUCCGUGCCCGGCCACGGAGCCUGCUGAGACCUCCGGGGUUUUCUCUUGCCAGGAUGAGAUCCUGCUGACCCCCUGGAGGGAUUUUCCUGUGGAAGAUGUGGAAUCUGCCCCCUCCCUGGAGGAAGAGAAGUGGGAUUUUGUCCUGGUGAGCGACAUCCAUGAAGUGGGCAGCGAGAGGGAGAUCAAGAGGAAGAAGUUCCUGGAUGAGCUGAGCAAGAAGGGGUUCACCAUCAAGAAAAUCGAGGACCAGAAGCUCUUCUAUGGGGUCCGUGCCCCGAAGCUCCUCUUCCGGCAGUACCAGUGGCUCCUGAGGAACCCCGACAGCCGGCAGCAGAGCCCCGACGCCCACCACGAUGUAGCGGUGACCACGAGGAUACGGAUCGUGAACUUCAUCCUGCAGAACACGGUGACGCCCGAGCUCGAGAAGCUGCAGGACCUGAUCAAGAAGAAGGUUUUCGAGGCCGCGUUUCCCCUGCACGAGAAAGGAGAGCUGAGCGAAUUCCUGAAGGAGAAAUGGGCUCGCUGGAGAGUUAUCUUCUGCCGCCAGCCCAUCGAGAAGAUCAGGUGGUACUUCGGGGAGAAGGCAGCGCUGUACUUCGCCUGGCUGGGCUGGUACACGUUCCUGCUGGGCAUCGCCGCCGCCGCCGGGCUCCUGGUGUUCGUGGCGGGGAUUACGAUGUUCAACUCCAGCCAGGUGAGCAAGGAGAUCUGCGAGGCCACGGGCACCAUCAUGUGCCCGCUCUGCGACCAGCAGUGCCCCUUCUGGCGCCUCUCCGACACCUGCACCUAUGCCAGGGUCACCCACAUGAUCGACAACGAGGGGACAGUCCUGUUUGCCAUGUUCAUGGCCAUCUGGGCCACCGUGUUCCUGGAGCUGUGGAAGAGGCAGAGAGCCAGAGUGGUCACCGACUGGGACCUGUACCGCUGGGAUGAGGAGGAGGAGGAGCUGGCCCUGGAGCUGAUCAAUAACCUGCAGCACGAGCCCCGGCAGUACCAGCACUCCUACUUCCGCAGCACCAUCAUCCUCCUCCUGGUUCUGGUGAUGAUCGCGGUGCUGGUCGGCAUCGCGCACGCCCUCGUCAUCUACCGGGUGGUGGCAACAGCGCUGUUCACGCAGAGCAGCUCCGAGCUCCUGCGCGAGCAGGCCGACACGGUGGCCGUGAUGACGGGGGCCGUGCUGCACUACAUCACCAUCGUGGUCAUGAGCAAGGUCAACAGGCGCGUGGCCCUCUUCCUCUGCGACCUGGAGAAGCCCCGGACCCUCUCCCAGCGCGAGAACACCUUCACCGUGAAGAUCUUCACCUUCCAGUUCUUCACCAACUUCUCCUCGCUCAUCUACAUCGCCUUCUUCCUGGGGCGGAUCAACGGGCACCCAGGGAACUACGUGCGCAUCGCCGGCAAGUGGAGGCUGGAGGAGUGCCACCCCAGCGGCUGCAUCACCGACCUCUUCAUCCAGAUGGCCAUCAUCAUGCUGCUCAAGCAGACCAUCAGCAACGUGAUGGAGUACCUCAACCCCUGGAUACGCCACCAGCUACGCAGGAACCGCCUGCGGCGCCCCAAGAAGAGGAGGAUGAUGUUAGGGGAGGAAGAGGAGGCCGAGGACCCCUGCAAGAGGCAGUGGCUGAGCAAUUACGAGCUCAACGAGGUCAACAUCUUCAGCCUGUUUGAUGAGUUCCUGGAGAUGGUGAUCCAGUACAGCUUCACCACCAUCUUCGUGGCCGCCUUUCCCCUCGCCCCGCUGCUGGCCUUCUGCAACAACCUCUUUGAGAUCCACCUGGAUGCCAUCAAGAUGAUGCGGCUGCACCGGCGCAUGGUGCCCAGGAAGGCCAACGACAUCGGAAUCUGGCUGCUGGUCCUGGAGGCCAUCGGCAUCCUGGCUGUCAUCGGGAAUGGGCUGGUGAUCGCCAUCACCUCCGACUUCAUCCCCGUGCUGGUCUACAAGUACACGUACAGCCCCUGCGUGACCGGGAACAGCACUGGCGUGGACUGCUCCACCGGUUACAUCAACCACAGCCUGUCCACCUUCCGCGUCCAGGACUUCGAGUUCCACUCCAAGCUGCCCCAGCUGCCAGCAGGCUCUGUCACCAACAUCACAGAGUGCAGGUACCGGGACUACAGGAACGCCGAGGACUACGGCUACACGGCGCAGUUCUGGCACAUCUUCGCCGCCCGGCUCGCCUUCCUCAUCCUCUUCGAGCACGUGGCUCUGUGCGUGAAGCUCAUUGCAGCCUGGUACAUCCCCGACGUGCCCCUGUCAGUCAAGAACACGUUCCUGGGCAGGAAGCACAGCGACCUCCGCAAGGAGCUCAGCAUGAUGGAGUACUCCACCGAGGUGUAGCCUCUGCUCCCUGAGGAGCAACACGGACUGAGGCCGUGCC